ACAGACAGGCUCUAUAUCAAUAGAUGGGAAAUCCACAUAUUUUGGUCGUUCCGUUUCCAGCCCAAGGCCAUGCAAUUCCUCUCAUGGAGCUCUCACAAAUCUUGAUCAAACAUGGCAUCAAAAUCACAUUUGUGAACACUGAAUUCAAUCACAAACGAAUCACAAAUGCAUUGGGCAAAGAACCUGAAGGGCAAGUUCAUUUUGUUUCAAUCCCAGAUGGGAUGGGUGCGGAGGAAGACAGGAAUCAUAUAGGGAAGUUCGUUGAAGCAUGCUUGAAGUUCAUGCCUAGUGAGCUUAAGCAACUAAUAGAGAAGAUUAAUCAAACAGAUGAUGAUGAGAUUACAUGUGUUCUAGCUGAUAUGACGCUAGGAUUGGGAGUUGAAGUUGCUGCAGAGUUGGGAAUAAAGAGAGCUGCACUAUGGCCUCCAGCAACCCAGAUUCUAGCCUUGAUUUUGAACAUCCCCAAGCUGAUUGAUGAUGGAGUUAUUGAUGAAAAUGGUACUCCACUUAAACACGAGAUGAUUCAGUUGUCACUGGAUUCACCUGUAAUGAACCCAUCCAAUUUUUUGUGGAUGACCAUUGAGGACUUCACCACCCAAAAGAUUAUAUUUGAUCUCGCGCAGAGGGAUAACAUAGCCAUCAAGAAAGUUGAGUGGCUACUCUGCAACUCAACAUAUAACUUGGAGGCUGGAGCAUUUGCCUUGGUUCCUAAGGCCCUCCCAAUAGGCCCACUUUCUGAACUUGACAAACUAGGAAAUUUGAAGGUUAAUUUUUGGCCAGAGGACAGUUCUUGUUUGAAAUGGCUUGACCAACAGCCUCCACGCUCAACCAUAUAUGUGGCAUUUGGCAGCUUCACAGUUCUCAAUCCUACCCAAUUCCAAGAAUUGGCGCUGGGUCUUGAACUCUCCAACAGACCAUUUCUUUGGGUAGUGAGACCAGAUAUCAUAGAGGGAAAAGAUGACGCUUACCCAGAAGGAUUUCAUAAUAGAGUGGUUGAUCGUGGGAGGAUGGUGGGUUGGGCACCACAACGAGCAGUUCUAAGUCAUCCUUCCAUUGCUUGCUUCAUAAGCCACUGCGGUUGGAAUUCCACCAUGGAAGGCUUAAGCAACGGAGUCCCUUUCUUGUGCUGGCCCUACUUUGGGGACCAAUUCUUGAACGAGAGCUACAUUUGUGAUAUUUGGAAGGUGGGAUUAAAAUUUGAGAAAGAUGAAAAUGAGAUUAUCAGAGGAGAAGAGAUUAAGAGCAAAGUAGAGAAACUACUGAGUGGUGAGAAUUUUAAAGCGAGGGCUCUUGAAUUGAUGGAGAAGACCAUGAACAGCAUCAAAGAAGGUGGUUCCUCUGAACAAAAUCUCAAGAGUUUCAUUGAAUGGGUGAAAUCAUAGACAAGUUGUUUGCAGUUUGGUUUUUGCAUCAUUUUCUUUGUCCUAUUUUCUAUCUUUUUCUUCAUGAAUCAUCUAUGAAAUAAUGCAAUAAAAUUAGGGCUGCAAGUAGGUCCUGGGUUAUCCAUGACCAAACCUGAUCCAAUCCAAUCCGUUGGAUUGGGUUGGUUCCUCAUGUAAUUUGGUUUUACUUUGGUUUUACUUUGGUUUGGAUUCUUAAGAAACCAAUUAGUUGGUU